AUGGCAUCGCAUGCGUCCAACGGCGACGUGAACGCAAAGCCUGCACGCGUGGUGGACAGUCCCAAAGUGUGGACCACGCUCAUCACGAACACCAAGUAUCUGUCGGGUCUACUGUCCCUGGAUGCCUCCCUCAAGUUCGUCGGAUCCAAGUACCCUUUGGUAGCCUUGUAUACCGAGACGUUCCCGCCUGAAGGUCACAAGGCACUGGACGUUCGAGGCAUUCCCAAGAAACGCGUCAACUACCUUCUCCCCAGCACACACAAGGAUUUCACGAACGACCCGCGCUUCUACGAUUGCUGGUCGAAACUCACCCCGUUCAGUCUGACCGAAUACGAGCGCGUCGUGCAGUUGGACAGCGACAUGCUGGUGUUCCAGAACAUGGACGAGCUUAUGGACAUUGAGCUAGAUGGCGCGGAACAGGCAGGCAAAGGGCAAAAGGUGUUCGCGGCAAGUCAUGCAUGCGUGUGCAAUCCAUUGAAGAAGCCUCACUAUCCGAAGGACUGGACACCGGAGAAUUGUGCAUUCACGAGCCAGCACGGCACGCCAGAGGAGGCACAAGAGAAGGGCGCCGAUCCUGCAGCAGGUCUAGCUAUGCCAAAUGGCGGUCUGCAGGUCGUUGUGCCCAGCGAUGAGAUAAAUGAGCUCAUAUCGACCAAGCUGGCAGAUCCCUCCACCAUGGAGUAUGAUUUCGCAGAUCAGAGUUUGCUGGGUGACUUAUUCCACGGGAGGUGGGUUGCGCUGCCAUAUACCUACAACGCGCUGAAGACUCUGAGGUGGAAGGGAGUGCAUCACCAGAUUUGGCAAGACAAACGGGUGAAGAAUAUCCACUACAUAUUGUCUCCAAAGCCAUGGGACGAGAGCGAGGAGGACAAGAAAAGUAAUGGUCGGGAUGAGACUUUUCAGUGGUGGCACGAUAUCAACGACAGACGGUUGACUGAGGAGAAAGCGAAAGGCAUCGAGGACGGUUUCUGA